AUUUCUCUGUUCCUCUUCUUCGAUCGGAUCGGAAGAACCCUAAUUUUCUCUCGUGCUCCCCGAAUUUCCGUUGCAGUUUUUUUCUUUUCAAAUCUGCUAUUUUUUCGGAAGACUUCACUCGACCGUUGAAUCCUUUUUCGAGAUCUUGUCCUUUUAUUUCAAAAAUUUCACCUUUCCCCUUAUCGAUCAUCGCGUGGGCGGAUCUGGGCUCCUGGUUCGUGGUCUCAGUUUAAUUGCUUUAGCCGCGAGUUUCCGUUUCGAAAUCAGCUGUUUGUGGAUUUUUAGGAUUUGGUAGUAGGAAAACGGACCAAGUUGUUUCGUAUGGCUUCUCGGAUUCAAUGGUAAUUCGACGGUUCUGAUUUGGAAAACUCUUUUUUUCCCGAGAGAUUCCGUGAGUUUCUAUGGCGUCAGCUCAGGUUUUGCUGAGUUCGCGGAAGCAGGAGCUCGCUGAAGCUGGAAGGCGAAAGCUGGAGCAAUUUCGCAAGCAAAAAGCAGCUGAACGAGCCAAAAAAGCUUCAUCGAACAGCCGGGCCAAGCCUCAGCCUGUUGAUGGAAAAAUUGGACACCAACGAGUUACAGAAACCAAUGGAGCUGUUACCUCCAUGUCUAAUGGACCUGUUGGCCUAUCCAAUGAAAAUCAUCAAGUUUCCUCAAAUGAAGUGUGUAUCAAAUCCUCAUUUUCUGGAGAGGGGUACGAUUCGUCAUCUUCAGUUUUAGCUUUGAGUGAUAGAAGCAACGAAAAAAGUGAGAAAGAUGAUGCACCACAACCAGCUGGUGCUGUCGAUUUCUUUGGUAGCAUAGAGAUGCAAAGUUCUUCAAACGACUUAACAGUGUUUAGUAAACCUGAAAGUAUACCCUAUAAUUUAGACAAACAGGCAAGCCGAAGUAAUGAGAGUGGUUUUGGUCUAAGAGCAAGUGAUGGUGUUGAGAAACCUUUACACCUUUUUCCCGGGAGCACUCUACUGCCAAGCAUGUCCACUCAAACAGAAAAUUUCAGUUACAGCAGCGGAUUAACCUCAUCCAAUGAAGGCUCUCUACAACCUUCUACAAACAUGACAGGGUCUGUUUUUGAGGUUGGAAAAAAACAGCAUGGAAGUUCUGAACUCAAAGGUAGCAUGGAGCAAAAGCCAAGUCUAUCUACCAGUUAUUUAUUUAGUCUUCAAGACGAUUCCUCUCGGCCUUCUGAGUCUUCAGACUUCAGUCUAAAUAUCAGAAGCUCUUCCCCGAUUCAUGUGGCUAAAAAUGAAACAAGUGCCAGAAGGUCACGCCCAUCUUUCCUUGAUUCCUUCAAUAUUUCCAGAGCUUCAGAGCCUCAACAUCAACAUGUCGAGGCAGAGGCAAGUUUGACGGGAUCUGGUGGUUUCCAGCUAGCUGGCAGUGAUGGUCUUGGAUCAGCUUCUCUCCAGAAUCUGUCUGGAACAAAAGACACAAAUGGACCAUUCUUGACGAUGGGAGCAUCGACUUUCACUAAUCCCUUUGAAAGGACUGGGAGUUCUUUGUUUGUCAAUGGAGCUAUGCCGAGUUUCAUCCCCCCGCCAAAACAAGAUGAGGAUUUUGCUGCCCUCGAACAGCAUAUUGAGGAUUUAACACAAGAAAAGUUUUCGCUGCAAAGGGCUCUCGAGGCUUCACGUGCUCUGGCGGAGUCCUUAGCUUCAGAAAAUUCAUCUCUGACGGACACUUAUAACCAGCAGAGAAGUAUUGUCAACCAACUAAAAGAUGACAUAGAGAAGCUUCAACAGCAAAUCAAGGCACAUAUGGUGGAACUCGAGUCAGUCAGAGUUGAGUAUACAAAUAUGCAACUAGAAUGCAAUGCUGCUGAUGAACGCUCCAAAAUAUUGGCUGCUGAAGUCAUCGGUUUGGAAGAUAAGGCACUAAGACUCAGAUCUAAUGAGUUGAAGUUGGAGAGAGAAUUGGAGAAUACACAUGCAGAAAUGUCAUCUUACAAGAAAAAGCUAUCUAGCUUAGAGAAAGAUCGUCAAGACUUGCAAUCCACAAUUAAUGCCCUUCAUGAGGAGAAGAAGAUCUUGCAGACAAUGCUUCGCAAAGCGUCCUCCAGUGGAAAGUCAGUUGAUAUUGGCAAAAGUCCUAUGAGCAGAAAAGAGACAUCAACUUCUACAGAAGAUCUAGAAAUGUCAGAUAGCAUGCUGGAGAGCUCGAGCCGGGAAACACAUGCUACAACUCAAUCUGAAAGUGAUUCGUCAAAUACUACUAUGGGGCCUGACUGUGAUCAUCAAUUUUCUCUUGAUGGAUCUUCUUUGAGCAUCCCACCUGAUCAGAUGAGAAUGGUUCAGAACAUUAACGCACUGAUUGCUGAGUUGGCUGUGGAGAAAGAGGAACUGGUGCAAGCUUUGACAGCUGAGUUAUCUCAAACUGCUCGGCUGAAGGAGUUGAACAAAGAGUUAUCCAGAAAACUCGAAGUCCAGACGCAGAGACUCGAGCUUCUAACUGCACAGAAUAUGGCUAACGACAAUAUUGCAUCUAUAAAGCAGCAACCAGAGGACUCUUAUCUCGUACAUGAGAUUAAACCAAUCGCAGAUGAAGGCGACGAGGUCGUAGAACGAGUUCUAGUAUGGAUCAUGAGGCUCUUCCCGGGAGGGCCAUCGAGAAGAAGGACGAGCAAGCUUAUCUGACGAGGCAGCAUUCAUUAUUCCUUCCUCAUUUCGCCAUUCUGUAUUAUCCGAUACGAGCUAGCAGAGUGGCAUUCCAUUCUCGGGAUUUUGUUCAAUCGAUUCUUCGAUCCGAAAAUUUUUGAAGGAAAGAAAGGAGGGGGGCUCCACGAAUCAUGUGAAGGUAGUUUUUUGGUUGAAAGCUUUCCAAGAGAGAAAGGGACAAGAAAAGCUGAAACAAAGGUUUAGAAAGAGAGUUUUGAGUUUUGGUUUUGUUGACGCUGUUAUGUUCAUAUGAUUUAUAACACAUCGAUGUUGAAGCCGUGUAUGUAUAUAUGUUUUGGUUUUUCCAUCCAAAUUAAUCUGGUCGAAAUCGAAAA